UUUGCUCCAUAAUGUUAGGCAACUUGAGUCAGCUCGAGUCUGGCCAGGUAGACGCGUUAAAAAGCGUGUAAUUAACCAACUUCUGCAUUCACAAUGGUGGACAAACCUGUGGUUUUGGGGCUCCCUCUUGACGUGCUUUUUGAGAUUUUCUGGUAUCUUCACCCACUGGACCUUGUAUAUCUUACUCGGGUAUCCAAACACUUUCGUUUGUUUCUGCUUAGUCGUCGCAAAGCAAAGUCAAUAUGGACAGGAGCCUUGAAACGCAUCGACCGGCUACCCCAGUGCCCAUCGUACCUUUCCGAACCCGCAUAUGCAAACUUGCUGUUCUGGCCGUACUGUCAUCGGUGUUACUCGUCGUGUGAUGUAAUACAAUGGGAGUUGCGCAUUCGUUGCUGUAACGGUUGCACAGGUGACAUGCUUAUCGGUCGAGGAAAGCUUCCUUUGUUUGUUGACCAGUUGAACUGCCUCGAUGCCGGGCAGCUCAUACCCAUAAAGCCGCUCACUGUGGCUUCGCACGUUGAUGUCAUCAAACUCAACAUGCAGUACAAAUUUGUGAAGGAUAGCCUAUUGUUGAACGACCUAAUAAUCCAUCGCGAGAAAGUCACGCAGGAAAUCUACCAGCACGCAGCCUUGUGUCGCAUAUGGGAGGCUGAAGUAGCUGACCAGCGUCGCAAAGAGCUGGUAGACCAGAGGAAAAGAGAUGUCGUUGAAAAAAUCGAGAACCUCGGGCUGGGAGAUGAGCUUGAAUCGCUGCGGUCGGACGCCUCGGCAUUAAAAGAAUUUGACAAUCUUGUCGUCAGACAAGACCAAGAGUUGACUGAUUCUUCAUGUCAGGUUUCUCUACUGAGGCUUCAGAAUUUUCUGGAAAUCAAAAGAGGUCGAAGGCUUACUGUCCUCCUCCAAGACUGCUUCAAAAAUCUUGCCGUUGUUGUAAGCGAUAUGACGAAGACAUUCAAAAACAAUAAGAACAACAACUUGAAGGUCUUUCCUCAAGCGAUAGACAUCUGUCUACUCUCGGAAGUUCGAUGCAUGAUAGAUGUCCCUGAGGUUUUGUCGGCGGAAGCUUUUGUAGACGCACUUACCCUUCGUUUACCCCAAUUGUUGUUAGCCUGGAACAGCCAGGUCACCCGGCAACUUGCAGAUCUAGUUCGCGCGCAGCUGGGCGGCAUCGAUAAUGAUGUAGACCCUCUCAAACUCGCCGCUUUGGUAUUCCGCUGCUCCAAUUGUCGAUCGCAUGUCACUUAUCCAUCAGCGCUCGCCCACCCUUGCCUACGCGCUAAGACACUUGACAAACCGUGGGUCCAACUUCCAAUGGAAACAACGGCGCUCGGUAGAAGGAUGUCACUAGUAGAAGUUUACGAGAACGCAGCAAUCGAAGGCUUCGAGAUGUACCCAUGGAAUUGCACUGUUCUGGAAGCAGGCGGAUGCUUCAAGCGAAUACAUAAUCUCUUCCAAGUUCUCGGACGAGACCCGAAUUCUACUACGGUGGAUGAUAUGGAAUCUUGUCCAAUUCGAGUAACCUGUAAGAGUUGUUCUGGAAGUCGGAAUCGAAUGAUUCUGACUUACCGCACCGCUCUCAUUCACUUGGUACGAAACCACAGCGAUGGCAAGGCCGAUGCCGUGUGGGGUGUUGUUGUAUGAUCUUCAAGUUGUGCGGAUGGACCUGCUCGAGUUUGUAUGUUCAUAUACCCGAUACCCUUUCAUGCAGUGUAUUACUGGUUUUCGGUGUAAAACCUCAAGCAAGAAGCCUUGUCUUGUGAUUGUUCAUAUCAUCUGUGAAUCCCUACUGUUGAUACCAUAACGCUCUGCAGCGUUUGUUAACUUCCUGAUGUAUGCAAUUAACACUCGUGUCUCCACCUAA